AGUUGGCCAAUAGUCUGCCUUCGGGGUGUAAAAUCAUUCAAACUGCCACGAGGAUAUAAAAGCAAGGACCGAAAAUGACAUUACAACUGCACUUCAGAGUUGUCGAAAUAGGUCAUUAGUCCGACGCGGUAAAACAAUGUUCUAAAAAUAAACCGAAUCAGUGGCGUUUGUCCCACGGCCACGGGGCUUGACAUGAAUUUGAUCUGACUCGUAGGAAGGAAAGAUUAUCUCAGCAGAUGUCGUUUGCUCUCCAUUAAAGUAGUAAAGCCAAUAAUAAGCCACCGCACGCACACACGGAAACACACAAUAUCGGACGUAGGCUGGCAGCCCCUAUCGUCUCCACACUUUUUACUCAGUCGGUGAGUCCGGGAAGGUUGGAGUUGUUUUGGGGUUGUUGUUGUUUUUUUUUUAAUUCCAAAGUUUCCAGACAUUUUGAUAAGUACUUAAAUUUAAUUCUUUCUUCUUUUUUUUUUAAUCAACAAUAUCUCAGCCGUCUGAUGGACACGAGAUUACCCAAAGGUCAGAGUGGAAGAUGGAGUGCACUCUGUCUUCUACCGCUGCUUACGUGCUUCUUGGGUGCAGUCUGCGGACAGAUCCGCUACUCAAUCCCGGAGGAGCUCGAGCAUGGCGCGUUCGUUGGCAACAUCGCGGAGGACUUGGGCUUGGAUUUGGAUAAACUCUCCGCGCGUAGAUUUCGAAUAGUCUCUGGCGCGAAGAAGCAAUAUGUCGAGGUGAAUUUGGAAAACGGCGUUUUGUUCGUGAAUGAAAGAAUCGAUCGAGAGGAACUGUGUGAGCAGAGGUUGUCCUGCUCUUUCCACCUGCAAGUAGUCAUAGAAAACCCCCUGGAGCUUUACAGGGUUGAGGUCGAAAUUUCCGACAUUAACGACAACUCGCCCAGUUUCCCGUGGACCGGAAUUAAUCUCGACAUCUCGGAAUCUGCCGCUCCCGGAUCUCGUUUCCCGCUGGAGAGCGCACAGGACUUGGAUAUCGGGACGAACUCGCUGCGCACUUACCUGCUGAGUGUAAAUAAGCAUUUUCUUUUGGACAUACAGACGCGCAGCGAUGGAAGUAAAUUUGCAGAACUCGUCCUGCAGAGCACUUUGGACAGAGAAGAGCAAAGUUUGCAUCACGUGGUUCUGACCGCGGUGGACGGAGGAACGCCGGAGAAAUCCAGCAAUGUGCAAAUAGAAAUUACAGUGCUGGACGCAAAUGAUAACGCACCCGUGUUUGAUGACACGUUCCACAGGGUGAACGUGGCUGAGAACGCACCUAAAGGCACGGUGGUCAUAAGGCUGAACGCGUCGGAUUUAGACGAGGGUCCCAAUGCUGACAUCACGUACUCUUUCAGUGGCCACGCUCCCCUGAGGGUGCGCCAGCUUUUCAGCGUGGACUCACGUACGGGGGAAAUCAAAGUUAAAGGUAUUAUAGACUAUGAAAAGGCUCGGAUGCAUGAAAUGUACGUCCAGGCUAAGGACAAAGGGGCUUCAGCGGUGGCGGUGCACUGUAAAGUGCUGGUGAAUGUUGUGGAUACAAAUGACAACCCGCCAGAGGUCAUCCUCACGUCUGUGUCCACCCCCGUGCAGGAGGACGCGGUCCCGGGCACCGUCAUAGCAGUGGUUAGCGUGAUGGACAAAGACUCGGGUGAAAACGGCAGAGUGGACUGUGAGAUCCCGAACCGGAUCCCGUUCCAACUCCAGUCCUCUUUCAAGAACUACUACACAUUGGUGACCAGUGAUUUCCUGGACAGAGAGACGGUAUCUGAGUAUAACAUCACCAUCACCGCGCGAGAUGCGGGCUCGCCCCCUUUAAUCACCCAGAAAACGAUUCUGGUUCAAGUGUCAGAUGUGAACGACAACAAACCCCGCUUCAAACAGCCAGCGUACACGGUGUAUCUGACUGAGAACAACGCGCCCGGGGCGGCCAUUUGUUCCGUGACUGCCCUGGACCCGGAUUCAGGUCAAAACGCGUACGUCUCCUAUUCACUCCUGGAUGACUAUAUACUAGGGAAUCCAGUGUCCACGUACGUGUCCAUAAACUCGGACAACGGGAACAUUUAUGCCAUGAGAUCAUUUGACCACGAACAAGUGGAAAACUUUCAGAUCACAGUCCAAGCGCAAGACGCCGGUUUACCGUCUCAGAGAAGCAACGUGUCGGUGAACGUCUUUAUUCUAGAUCAAAACGACAACUCGCCCGUCAUUUUGGUACCGGGUGUACAGAGUGGUACAACACCACAAGAGGGCGUCAAGGUGCCGAGAUCCGCGCAGCCCGGGUACCUGGUAACUAAAAUCAGCGCAGUGGACGCAGACGAAGGUCAGAACUCCCGCAUUUUCUACCAAGUGCUUCAGGCAACCGACCCGACCUUGUUCGGCGUUGCCUUGUACACGGGCGAAAUCAGGACGAUGCGGCCGUUGGUGGAAAAAGACGCCGCCAGUCACGAAGUGGUCAUCCUGGUCAAGGACAACGGUCAACCAGCCCUCUCGGCCUCCGUAUCCAUCACUUUGUCCGUGGUUGACAGCCUGCCCGAUUCGCAGCCCACUUCGUAUGACCCGUCUCUGAGCCCGCAUCACAACUCUGACCUCGGUGUCUACGUCAUCUCUUCCCUGAGCGCUGUCUCCGUCGUAUUUUUGUUGGCCAUCGUUGUCCUGGCGUCAGUGCAAAGGUUCAGGGACGGGCGGCGGCGGCUCAAAAGCAGAGGGUCACGCUUCCCUUUCUUUGGCUGCCGCCGUUGCUGCUCGCAUGGAUCACGGACAUCCAGCAAGACCACAGACUUUUUCAAGAAGACCCAUUUAAACAUGCGUUUGUCCGCAGGCGCGCCCACUUUCCCUGAGUCCAACAGCAGUGCGGUGCCGCCGCAGGUUUACUGCUAUAAAAUGUGUCUGACGCCAGAGUCGUCUAAAAGUGACUUCAUGUUUCUGAAGCCAUGUCCCCCUGUGACGUCAGCACCUCAGAAUAACCACAGAGGCACACGAGGUCUGACCUCCGACUGGAAUGCGCUGGACCACAGGGAGCCGCAGGGCAACAGCAGAGCAGCAACAGUUGACACGCUGAAGUUUUCAAACAAUGACUGGACAAGGAUUCAAAACAACACCGACUAUGUACUUUUUUAUAGGUACAGCGCUGCACAUUUGGAAGGCGCCAGGUCACAUCACGGUGAUGGCGAUGAUGAUAAUGGUUAUUCCUGCCUGGUCUCGCCUCAGUACUGGACCUGGAGGAGCAACGUGAAAGAAGGCAGAGCAUCUCUUCAGGAACAAACUCCACCAAAGUACUCAUGGACUCCACAGCCUCAUCGUGAACCACCCGACUACCAACACAAUGUAUACAUUCCUGGCCCCACGUGUGGCAACAGCACCUUGGGGCCAGCACUCAGAGGGGAUCUCAGUGUGUGCAACACCUUUUCUACAUUUGGAAAGAAAAAGAAAAUGACCUCAAAUUACGAACAAUCCUUUAACAGAGACGAUCGCCUCAUAGGCAAUGCUAUGUUCAAGUGAUUGUGACACAUGCCCUAAAUGGGUAUAGUUUGAUGUAAAUAUGGAGGCAGGGUAUAUUAAUAUAACAUUGCCAGCCUGAAAAAUGAAAAACUCUUAGUGCAUGUAAUUGAUUCAACAGCUCUG